CUUGUUCUUGCCAGCCUUAUAAUCCAUUGCAUCUCGAGAAGCCAUUCGACGCUCCACAUCAUGCUCCUCGCUCUCGUGCUUGUUAACUACUUCAAUCAGCGCUCAGUCGCCGCACCCAUCGCCGACGUUCGGUCCAUCGGGGACAUUUCCCCAUCUUGCGAUAAACUCGGCGACUGUCGAACGCUCCUGAGUAUCGUAUCCAGUUGCAUCGCCACCAUCGUCGCAUGCGUCUGGACUGCUGUUCACCCCGACAUUCCGCCGUACGGAGAGGACCCCUGGUUUCAGAAGCUUCGCCGCAUAUGGUUCACCAUUAGUGCCAUCAUUGCAUCGGAGAUCUACAUUUACAUAGCGGCGUGUCAAUACUUGAAAGCUCGUAAAAUAUCUCAGAUGAAUGAGUUCAAAGAGCAUGGUUGGACGACUACUCAUGGCUUCUUUGUUCUGAUGGGAGGUUUUGAGCUAUGCAACCCCUCAACACACAGCACAGAGCAGCUCAACGCCGACGACCUUAUCAACCUCAUCAACUCAAACAAAAUGGACUUCCUAUAUAUAUCGGAGGUAGAAAUCCAAGACAAAAGCAAAGCGAAUUGGCUGUCUAAAACGGCCGCAGUCGUUCAGACUUUCUGGUUUAUGCUGCAGGUUCUCGUCCGUUUCAUUGAAGGCCUCCCCAUCACGGAACUAGAGAUUUUUACGGCCAGUUUCACAAUCAUGGCAAUCGCUAUGUAUGCAUUAUGGUUGAGGAAGCCGUUCUGCAUCGAUGUACCAAUUGUGCUUCAUAAACAGCCGAAAGCUAUUACAGUCGCAAUGGAUACUCCGGGCAAUAUUGCGAAUGUGGCGGAUGCACCGAAUCUGAAUGGAAUAGUGGAGGAGGGAGAUUGCUCUUAUGACGAAUUCGAGCUUGGUCUAUGGGACAGUGAUUUGCGGCGCUUUACUAAAGUGCAGUCACACCCCGGGCCGAGGACAUCAGGACAUUGCCACUCCGUUCAACUUGAGGAAAGGACGUGCUUGCAAAACUUGCUUCAUCCGCUGAAAGUAGUCUGGAACGCGGCAUGCGAAUUCAUUCGCAAUAAGUAUCACAAACGGAUUGAGAACAUUCGAGGCACGAAAAACUUGUUCUAUCGUGGGCUGCUGUAUGCAGUAUUGGCAGUCAUUUUGUUGUUAUCAAUCAUCAUACGGGGCCCUGUGCGGUUUAUCUUCGGUCAACCUCGUCGUGAAGACUGGUGGCAUGCCGCCUCAAUAGGGAGUCACAACGGCUUCGACUUCUCCAUAUUCCGAUCUGUAUUCAAUGCGUCCUGUGUAGUUGCGGUGCCUGCUAUGAUUUUCGGAACCAUCCAUUGCACUGCGUGGUUCUCCGAUUUUCCAACGGUCAUAGAGCAAUACCUUUGGCGAAUACUGUCGCUUGUGAUCACUUGUUCUCCUGCCCUUGAGGUGUCUAUAUUCUUUAUCAUGACACGUUCAACUGGAACAGCGAUAGUUGUCCUAGGGACGUUUUCAGGUCUCGUCAUUCCCCUAUUAUACGUUGUCUCCCGACUCAUCCUCCUUGUCCUCGCAUUUACCACUCUCCGCGCCCUUCCUCCCGGUGCAUACAAAGCCAUCUCUUGGGUAGAAUUCAUUCCGCACCUCUAGGUACCACAGCAUUCCACUCCAUGUUUGUACUUGGCCCAACAUAUCCAUUCUCCGUCACCAUCUCAGUACGUUCUUACUUGUCUCGGACUAUAUACUGUUUCGUACCUCGCUUUGCCCUUGCCGCGAAAAUCUCAUGAUUAUUCGCACUCAAGCUAGUCAUUUUGGAACGCCGAGUGACAGGCCUGGUGUGAUAAAUGCCUCCUUGUACGACCAGCAGCGAAUCGUCGAAGUCGAGUCUGCUCAUCCGCUACAGCGCAUGCGGAGCAACCUCAGCGACACAAACGUCAGGUUCGUCAAGACCAACCAGAAC